AUGGCAGAUCGUUAUAAGCUCGCUUACUCUGUGCCGCCAUCUCAUUUGGAUGCCACUAAGACAGCCAUAUUCGAAGCUGGCGGUGGUACAUACGAUGGUGGAAAAUACGUUAAUGUUGCUUUCGAAAGCCCAGGCACAUGCCAGUUUAUACCCGUCUCUGCCGCAGGAGCUACCCCUCACACCGGUGCCAUCGAUCAACUUGCGCAAGUACCCGAAUACAAAGUCGAGAUCCUCUGUGUUGGGCGCGAUAUUACGAGAGAGGCAGUCGCUGCCUUGAAAAGAACACACCCAUACGAAGUUCCGCCAUAUGAAGUGCAUAAACUCGAAGACUUCUGA